CUCGGAUGCAUUAUGCAUAUACCCUAUUUGGCCUCGACUUUUGUCCUCUACACUCCAGAAUCCAAAUUUAACCCAAACCACACUACCAAAUAAAUUACCAAAACUCUGGCCAAUCAUUUUUCGACACGUCAACGAUUGCAACGCUGCACACCCCGACUUGCCACAGCGGAACAUCGCAAAACCCCACCAUCAUCGCCUCCAAACAAAAGAACCAUUACAGCAAAAGGCAGCCAGAACUCUUCUCACACUCUCUCCACUGACAAAACCCUAAAAUCCGCUGCAGAACAGCCUCGUUUGUUAAUUUUCUUUGAAUUCUUUUUCGUUAGCUGUUACUUUAGUUCAUUCAUAUCCAAUGGCGAACAAUAAGAUGAGGGAACAAGAUUUUUUGGUGGCUUCAAUUUCGCAGCUGUCGAUAUCCGGUAACCCUUCGCCGCCUGUGGUAGCUCGGUUUCGCUCCCGGUCCCUUCAGUUUGGCUCUGAGUCUAGUUCGAGUGACUCGGUUGAGUUCGAUCUUCAGAGCUGUCAGCUUUUCAAGCUAAGCCCUUCUCAAUCAUUGUGUAUAUCUGAAGCUUCUGAAAAAAAUAAUGAGGAAAGCUAUUCAGCAGCAAUCACCAUACAAUUUAGAAAUCAAGAAGAAUGUAGUGCUUUCCAUUGUGCCUUUGAGCAGUGCAAAAAGGAAGUAGUUGCGCAAGGAUUACCUUUAUCAAAUGGAAUUGUGUCAUCAUCCACAAGUAAGUUUGAUGACAAAAUAGAGGCAUCUUCUUCCAAAAUGUACUUUCAUUACUAUGGACAGCUUCUGCACCAGCAAAAUAUGUUACAGGACUAUGUCAGGACAGGAAGCUAUUAUGCUGCUGUCCUUGAGAACCGUGUCGAUUUUACUGAUCGUGUUGUAGUUGAUGUUGGUGCUGGUAGUGGGAUUUUGUCAUUAUUUGCUGCUCAGGCUGGUGCAAAGCAUGUUUAUGCUGUGGAAGCAUCUGAAAUGGCAGAUUAUGCUCGUAAACUAAUAGCUGGAAAUCCAUCACUCAGCCAAAGAAUAACAGUAAUCAAGGGUAAAGUUGAGGAGGUUGAAUUGCCUGAAAAAGCAGAUAUUUUGAUAUCUGAACCAAUGGGUAUGCUUAAUUUUCCUUUGUCGUCGGCAGAUGAUGAUUGCCUGAGCAUUGAACAUGUGAGCCGAGGCCACCUGAGGCGGCCGCCUCAGAAACAGAGUCGCCUCAGGCAGACCCCAUGCCUCGAUCACCUCUCGCCAUGGCAUCGCCAUUUUAAACUAUGCACUUUGCUCGUCAACGAGAGGAUGCUAGAGUCCUACAUAAUUGCGAGAGAUAGAUUCCUCAUCCCAAAUGGGAAAAUGUUUCCGACUAUUGGAAGGAUACAUAUGGCACCAUUCAGUGAUGAAUAUUUGUUUAUUGAAAUUGCAAACAAGGCUUUGUUUUGGCAGCAACAAAAUUAUUAUGGUGUUAACUUGACACCUUUGCAUGGCACUGCGUUUCAAGGAUACUUCUCACAGAAUACCAUGGACAUUAGAGCACUCACAGAUUACAAGCUCCCUGAGGAAGAACUGUAUGAAAUCGACAUCCCUUUGAGAUUUGUAUCCUCUGUUGGUGCCAGAAUACAUGGUUUGGCUUGUUGGUUCGAUGUAUUGUUUAAUGGGAGGUGGCUUACAACUGCUCCUGGUGCGCCCACAACACAUUGGUACCAGCUCCGUUGUGUCUUGGAACAGCCUAUUUAUGUGAUGCCUGGCCAAGAAAUAACUGGUCGAUUUCGUAUGGUGGCCCAUAAAGCUCAGAGUUACACACUUUAUCUAACAUUGUCAGCUAAAAUGUGGGGCCCUGGUGCUGAACAAGGAGGAAUAAUCCAGACGUCCUCCGGCAAACUAGAUCUCAAAGAGCCUUAUUAUCGGAUGUCUCAACCUCAGGCGUACCCAAUGUCGCAAGACCAGCAGUCAAAUCAGUUACUACAAACACAGCAUUGUGAUUCCCAAACCGAGUCUCAAUCAGAAUUACCAAAGGAGCUGCAAGUGCUGGUCGAGAUUAUAACAGCUAGCGUGUUAAUCUCUGUUGUGAUUAUAAAUGUACCACUAGAAAGAUCACUAGAUUACGAAUGUGGCUACCGAUUGGCUUCGAUUAGUACGUUUGCCGCUCUGGUCGGAGCAUGGAGGUUUAUCGGUGGACUUUUAGGGCUUGAGGUUGAGUUAUCAUUGGCCGGCGGGCUGUUGAGAGGUGCGUUGGUUGGCGGAUGGCGUUCGAUAGCAGUUUCGGGAGUUGGGCCUAGGAAUUCGGACAUUACUUGGAUUGACUGUCUCUCUACUAGUUACGAUCUGUUUUAUUGA